AUGUCUGACGACAACUGGGUAGGAAGCUGGCGACCUCAUAAACCGAGGGGACCAAUUGCAGCACUUUAUGGUAGUCCUGGGCCAAAAUACACACUCCCAGGCUCUACAGGAACUCUCUCUCAUGACCCCAGAAAAUACAAAUUUCCUGCUUAUAGUUUUGGAAUCCGCCAUGGUGCGUUAACUAAGGAAUGCUCUCCAGGUCCUGGUUAUUUAAUACCUGCAAGCAUUACACGGAUGGGAAAAGAUGGCACACCUGCAUAUUCAGUGUAUGGCCGUCCCAAAGAUCUGAACCUUUUUCGAACUCCUGGCCCAGGUCAAUAUUAUCCAGAAAAUGCAGGAAGGAGUAUUUUUUCCUCUGCACCAUCAUAUUCUCUUUCUGCACGAUCUAAGGGCUUUCAAAAUGAACAGACACCAGGACCAGCAGCAUACACUCUUCCACCUAUGCUGGGACCUAAAGUAGUGACCAGAACAUCAGCUCCUUUUUAUUCUUUGAGUGCGAAAAGUACUAUUGGAAGUUUUAUGGAAGACUUGCAUAAAUCUCCCGGUCCAGGCACAUAUAAAGUGACUGAUCCCAAUUCGUAUAAAUUCAAAUCUCCUCAGUACAGUAUGAUAGGACGCAACACCAUGCCAGGUGAUUCAACACAAAAACCAGGACCAGGAGCACAUUUUCCAGAAACGGUGAUCUGUACAAAAUUCAAAGCUCCAAGCUUUUCUUUUGGAAUCCGACAUUCUGAAUAUAUGGCUCAUCCAAUUAUGGAUGGCAAAUGA